AUGCCUCAGUUCUCCUCUCCCAGCAUCCUCUGCAGACUCCGCCCCUCUCCCAUCCAUAGGGAAGCUGAGUGUAUCCAGGAAGGGGCAAUGCCGCGAUAUAAUCACACAUGUGCGAUUCGGGACGCUGCGGGACGGGAACAAGCAAUCCCUCUGGGUGUGGUUGAGCGGGUCGGAUGGUGGUGAUGGGUUCGUCAUCACAGCAUUGGCGGAUUAUCCUGCACCCUCCCCGAACCUGAGAAGAAGCUCCACAUUCCAGCAGACAGUGAAAUGACCCAGGAGGAGGGGCCAAACCUGGAUCACAUGACCCAGGAGGAGGGGCCAGACCUGGAUCACAUGACCCAGGAGGAGGGGCCAGACCUGGAUCAUAUGGCACAGGAGGAGGGCCAAGACCUGGAUCACAUGGCACUGGAGGAGGGCCAGGACCUGGAUCACAUGACACAGGAGGAGGGCCAAGACCUGGAUCACAUGGCACAGGAGGAGGGGCUGGACCUGUAUCACAUGGCACAGAAGGAGGGGCUGGACCUGGAGCUGUCUGUGGAUUCUCUCAUUGAUCUCCAUCUUUUGGAUUGCUGUGACACGGAUGGAUCUCCGGUAUUCCUGACAGAUGGAGAUUCGGAGAGGAUACAACAUAAUGCCAAUGAAGAGAUCAUGGAGGCCAUUGAUUCAGUUGGAGAUUCGGGCCACCCAAGGAACGCCAUCCCGUCCACAGGCACAGCUCACACAACAGAUGAUUUCCUGCUGCAAACUCCAAGGAGAAGAAACCGCAGGACAAGGUGCGACCCCGUGAAGGUCCUGUCGGCCGAUGUUCCUAUUGGCUGCCGGGCAUUUGGGCACCUAACGAUCCCGAGCAGUCAGCGGAGAACCCUAUUAAACCACGGCCUUGGGUUUGGUGGGUCGGAGAGUGAGGACUGUUCGGAGUCGGCUCUAGCUGUGGAUUUCGGGUCGUAUAUUUGUAUUGAGUGUGGUCAAAGCUUUUCUCAGGAGACGUCGUACAUUGAGCACCGCCAGCUGCACAACCCAUAUAGUCCCGGAGUUGUCCUUACUGCCAGUAGUAAAGUAUGUGAUGGUGACCCGAAAAUCCGCUCAGCAGAACAGAAGCGAUCAGGGAAAGAGUUUGUGUGUUCGGAUUGUGGGAAAACCUUCAUCGGGAAGUCCAAUCUCAUCGUCCAUCAACGUUCCCACACCGGGGAGAAGCCGUAUGGCUGCAUCUUCUGCGGGAAACACUUUGGACGAAGUUCCGUUCUUCGUAAACACGAACGCAUCCACACCGGGGAAAAGCCGUACGCCUGCGUUUACUGCGGGAAACAAUUCAGCCAGAAUUCUGGGCUGAAGAACCACGAGCGCAUUCACACCGGUGAAAAACCAUAUGCUUGUAUCGAAUGUGGACGGCGGUUCAGCCAGAGUGCUGACCUCAUGGUUCAUUAUAGGACCCACACCGGUGAAAAGCCCUUUAUAUGUACUGAGUGCGGAAACAGCUUCAUCCGAAGCUCCGACCUCGUCAUACACCAAAGAACUCAUUCCGGUAUUAAACCAUUUACUUGUACAGACUGCGGGAAAAGCUUUAGUCAGAGAUCCCAAAUUAUACGGCACCGGAGAACCCACACGGGUGAGCGCCCGUUUACCUGUGAAGUGUGCAGAAAAAGCUUUAUCCUCAGCUCCGAACUAAAGAAACAUCACCGUGUCCAUACCGGGGAGAAGCCUUACAAGUGUAAAGAUUGUGGAAAGUCCUUCCGCCAUUGUUCCAACAUGAGCCGCCACCAGAAGAUGCACAUCGAGCUCGAGCUUCUCUAGAUGUGAGAACAUUCAAAAUUCCUGUCCUAUUUUAUGCCACGGAUGAGCUUCAAUCAUUGCUCCACCAUGAGCUUCAAUCAUUGCUCCACCAUGAGCUUCAAUCAUUGCUCCACCAUGAGCCGCCACCAGAAGAUGCACAUCGAGCUCGAGCUUCUCUAGAUGUGGGAACAUUCAAAAUUCCUGUCAUAUUUUAUG